AUGCAGUCGCAAGAUGCAGCGUCGGAUGUAUCCGAUCCCUCCGACCCCUUGCAUGCAUACAAGGAUGCCCGCGACAGCGAUGAAUUGAGCUUUGACCUGGAAAUUGGCGACGUCCCGCUUUUGCCGCAAGGCAUGGCUCAGCCUGAGAAGUUCGAACGCGACCCAUCAUUCUCUUGUACGCCCUCGGGUUUUUGCAACUGGCUUCGCGGGCCGAGUCCUCCGCAUGUAUACCAUAUCAACCCCUGGUUUCCUCACCUGCAGGCUGCGCCGGCGCGUCUGAUUGAUCAGAAAUUCCCGAGCCGGAUCUCCAAGAUCGCUUUGCUUGCCGGCGGGUUGAUCUUCUGGAUCGUUGUUUUCUUCGUCUCGUUGAAAGCUUCUGUUGCUGGCCAGGAGGUGCCGGGAUAUGGACAGCCGGUCAAGCUGUCGUGUCACCAUCGCUUGUGGAACAAUGCCACAAAUUGUGGGCUCAAUGGCGAUUCCUGUCGUCCGUUUGAAGAUCAGUCUUUUGCUUUCCGCUGUCCUUCCGGUUGCGCGGCGGCUAUUCUUCUAGAGCCGUAUGUGGUGGGCGAUCAGGAGUACAACUAUCGCCCUCUCGUGAUUGGCGGCGAGCCAUUUAGAAAAGAUGGUCGCAUCAGUGGUACUUACCGGGGCGAUUCGUCCAUCUGCGCUUCGGCAUUGCACGCUGGUCUGAUUGACGAUGCGACGGGUGGGUGUGGUAUCCUGCACCGAACUGGCGAGCAUAAGGAGUUUGUUCCUGCAACCCAAAACGGCAUCGAGAGUAUUGAGUUCCGCUCAAGCUUCCCCAUGUCAUUCAGACUUGCCAAUGAGCCACCUUCUUCGGAGUCCAGCGAGGCAAAACCUAUCAAAUGCUCUGAUUCUCGAUGGUCCCUUUUCGCCUUCACGUUGAUUUGGACCACCAUGCUGUCGCUGGUUGUUACUUCGGCACCGGCAUUUUAUAGCUCCAUUUAUUUCAUUGUCUGGUUCCAGGUCGCCAUGGCAUCCGACCCGCCCUCCAUGGGCAGCAUUUAUGACCUGGUGUCAAUUGCUCUCGGUCGCUUCUUGCCCGGCGCAUUCGUGGGCUUCGCGCUCUACUAUUUCUGCGUCCGUCACACCUUGAAAGGUAUGGAUGCGCACUGGGACAAAACGGUUCUGUGGCUAGGGGGUUGCUGGGUCGGUGCCCUCAACACAGACACCUUCGAUCGCAUCCCGAUUUCUCGACUUACCCCCCACGACAUCCAGCAACAGCCCGGUGCUCUCACUGCUCUCAUCAUUGUUGUUGGAACACUACUCGCAAUCGCAUUUGGCCAAGCACACUGCUACCGUCGAGAGGGCCGGUUCUUCCCCACGAUCCGCAUCUACGGCGCCCUUGUCGCGGGCGUCCUCAUCCUCGUCGCCGUGCCACACAUGAACCUACGCAUUCAUCAUUACAUUCUUUCACUCCUCUUCCUACCUGGAACGACUUUGCAAACUCGCCCCAGUCUCUUGUAUUCAGGCAUCCUGGUUGGCCUCUUUAUAAACGGCAUCGCCCGCUGGGGCUUUGACUCUAUCCUACAGACCCCAGGGGCUCUUCUGGAUGGUGCCAAACUUGGCACCGUCCCACCCAAGAUUUACCCUCCAUCCCUGACGGAUAACAAUAAUCUGGUCUUUGCCUUCCCAGAAAUCCCGGCCCAUGCUGAUGGCCUCAGCGUUUUGGUAAAUGAUGUUGAACGUUUCCAGACGUUCCGACCAAAGGACGACAAGCCCUUGCCAGAUUUCACUUGGACCCGUACUAACCCAAACGAACUAGAGUAUUUCCGUUUUGGAUACGUUCAUUCCAAGGCUUUGGGUGGUCUCUGGUAUGAAGACUUUUCUCCCCCUGCGACAUGGAAUGCCGAUGGAAACUUCGUCUUUCCCGACCCAGAGCAACCUGAGAAUGAUUCAACAUAG